GUAAUCAUCAAGCAGGAACCAGGGGAAACAGUGGCCCAGCAGUCGGGGGUCACAGCUGUGUCUACACAGCAGGCUGUGCAGCAGUUUGUGACUGUGAAGGGUGGCCAGGUGAUUGCAGUUUCUCCACAGAAACACAGCAGCGGACUCGGGACAGGAGUUACCCAGACCAAGGUUGUUGGGAUUCCGGUGGGUUCAACUUUGCAGCCAGUGGUGAAGCAGGCAGUGGCACUCAGUGGUGGGCAGAUAAUUGUUGCCAAACCAGGCACCACUGUUGCCCGGGCUGUCAGUCAGAAGCAGAUUGUGGCGCAGGGGGUGGCGAAGGCUGUUGUGAGCGGAGCGAGUGGAACCAUUGUUGCAGCGCCCGUGCAGGCGGUUACCAAGUCUCAGAGUUCGUCCACUGUGCAAAAAUCAGGUUCACAAGGCUCAGGUAGGAAGAACUACUUAACCUUUGCUUCGGAAGUGGUACCAAACGGGUCCAAACUCAACUUCGCCCACGCCAAGUGUCCUGUUCGGCCCACCUCACCGAUGCUGCCGCUGUUGAUGCUGCCGGGUCUCGUACUGGAUCCAAACCUGCCUCCGCUGUCGCCUCCAAGUAUCACUGACGAAAGCAGAUGCUGCCGGGAACCCAAGCUCUCCUCCUCCAUAGCAGCCAUGAUGAUGCAGAAGCCGCCACCACAGGCCCGCGCUGCCGGUCCCACUCGCUGCUGUCGCUGCAAUCAAGCUCUUCACCAAGAG